GGAGGUGGUAAGACUAGGAAAACAUCCAACCCUUUCCGGGGGUUGGGUCAGCGUGCAUGCUGGGGGAGAAGUGAUUUCAACUCCACAUGUGAACGUUCGUGUGCACUGUAGGCUACCAUAGAUUAAAGACAAGAAUACAGCGAUAUGGCAAAAUCAGGCAAAAUGUCGUCAUCUAGAAAGAAACCUGCAAACAUUGUCAAGGGAGAUGUAAGUGAAAUCAAAGAGGAAGAAAACAAUUUUGAAGGCCUGACUGAUAAUCUAAUGUCAACUGAGGCCACAGAAGAGGUUGUGGCGAGUACUCAGGUCAUCUUGGUAGCUGCCCCCCAAUCAAAGGUUGUCGUUUCCACAGGAGCCGUUGAAGACGAUAUGGCUGAGGUCAAAGAUGCUCCAGUGAAACGAAAAGCAGAAGCAGAUGACGAGACUCUUCCUGUGAAGAAAACAAAGUUAAUUAACAAUGGAUUCUGUCUUUUUGUUGGAAACUUAAACGCAUCCAAGACAAUUGAGGAAAUCAAAAGUGCUUUGGCCAAUUUGUUCACAUCACAUGGCCUGUUGUUUCAGGAUAUUCGAGUGGACAGUAAAAAGAAAUUUGCGUAUGUAGACUUUCAGUCAGAGGAAGACUUGGUGAAAGCACUGGAGAUGAAUGAGGAGCUGAUCCUGGGUCAGAAGAUGAGGCUAGACAAGGCUAAGGUCAAAGAGUCUGCAAAAGAUAAAAAAAUAGCUAAAGAUGCCAGGACCUUGUUUAUAAAGAAUAUCCCAUUUGCAGCAACGAAGGAGGACCUGAUGAAUGUAUUUGACACGGCUGUUGAAAUCAGGUUUCCUGGAGGAAUUGGUAGUCCAAGCAAAGGAAUUGCCUACAUAGAGUUCAAAACUGAGGCCCAUGCGGAAAAAGUGCUGGAGGAGAAGCAGGGGACAGACAUCCAAGGUCGCAUUGUUGUCAUUGACUUUUUGGGAGAAAAGAGCCGAAAUAAAAAAAUCAACAAAGUUCCAGCGGAGAUCCCACCUAACAACAAAUUACUGGUUACCAACUUGGCUUACGCCGCAAAAGAGGAUACCCUGAAGGAGGUCUUCCUCAAAGCAGUCAGUGUCAAUAUACCAAAAAGCAAAGGAAAAUCAAGAGGGCAUGCCGUCAUCCAGUUUGACAGUGUGGAGGACGCCACAGAGGCCCUGGACUCUGCAUUAAACCAAGAGAUCUGCGGAAGAGUCAUCAGAGUCGAGUUCAGCCAGGACAGAUCAACAAAAAAGAGUCACCAAAUUGCCACUGGUCCGUCAAAGACGUUGAUGGUCCAGAACCUGGCCAAGGAGACAAGAGAGGAGACCUUGAGAAGUGCCUUUGAAGGUGCCGUCAAAGCCCGAAUCACCAAGGACAAGGAAACCGGUGAAUCUAGAGGGUUUGGCUUUGUGGAGUUUGAAAGCUCGGAGGUCUGCAGGGACGUGAAGGAGGUCAUGGAGGACCUCGAAAUCGAUGGGAGCAAGGUGACGCUGGUCUUUGCCAAACCCAAGGGUGAACAAGGGCCUGGUGGAGAAGGGGCGGCAUCCAACAAGAGUGUCAGGGGGAAGCCCCGUGGGAGAGGAGGUGCUCGGGGCAGGGGUCAAGCAGGAGGCCUCAGGGGUGGACGAGGCAGAAGUGGCCGCGGGAGGAAACCUUAAGACAUGAAAGAAGUAAAGAAAGGUAGACGACGCAAACUGAUGCUGCCAGUACCGGUGCUGUAGAUACUGUGAUGAGGAAGAUGGAAGACUUCACACUCACAGGCGAUCUGUGUACAUGCAUACCAGUGUCAGGGUUCAUUAUGAACUCCAAUUUGCUGCAUCACACAGAAAGCUGAAUUACAGUUGAAGUGCAAUUCAGAGCACUUCAAACUUAUUCAGCAUUUUUUUUAUUUUAUCAAAAUAUGCAAAGAGUUUCAAAUUUGUUUAUUUGUGACUCAAAAACAUAUUUCAAAAUCUUCCAUGUUUCGUCUGUGUAUGUGGCUGAGUCUACCUUUCAGUUUUGUUGACUUAGUUUUUUUAUGAUGGCCCUGGUGCCUGCCACUGAGCUAUAAUUCAACAUUUGAACAACUUCAAAAGUUUGAGGGGCACCUAACUCCAAUCAAACAUUUAAAAGACUGUUUUUAGUUCAGCUUGUAAAAAUGUUCUACCGCAAUGUUCUUACAGUUGUUUUAGUCUGUUAAUUUACUCUUACCUUUUUAUUUUUCGAUGUGCAAAGGGUACAUGCAAUUAAAAGAUAAGACAUUGUGGA